AUGUUUUAUGGGUGUUGUGGACUCAAAUCAUUGGACUUCCCACAGUCCGUCGAGGAAGUCGGAGAUGAGGCUUUUGCUUUUUGUCGCAAUUUGGAGAGAGUGGUAUUGCCUAAAACAACACAACGACUGAGACAAAGUGUGUUUUACUGGUGCGACCAUCUGAAGAGUGUGUCUGCACCUUCGGAGAACUUGACAAUAGGAAAUUGUUGUUUCUUUCGAUGCACUGACCUCAAUGGGUUGGAUAUAAAAGGAAAAGUGCUGAAUGUUGGAGCGCAUGCGUUUAAAGAGUGUUCGAGUUUAUAUGUAUUGAGUGGAAUUUCAGACAUCACCGAGUUCGGUUUUAUGUGCUUUGUGGGGUGUCAAAGACUUCAGAAGUUCAAAGAAGCACCACCAAGAUUAAGUAAAGAUAAUUGUUCUGUUAAUAAUAUAAAGUGGAUCAGAUUUUUGGAAAGAUUGUCGCCACGAGAAAAUGACUCUUCGGAAUACAGAGAUAAUCAUCACUUCCACUAG